AUGGGUAUUCCAGGAUUGAUCAACGCCAUAGGUGCAGGAGAGCGUGUGUCCUUGGCCAAGGUAGCCGGAUUGCAUCUUGAACGAACUGCGCGGCCCAUCCGAAUCGCCGUUGAUAUCUCCAUUUGGCUUUUCCAGGUUCAGGCGUCGCGCGGAGGCAAGAACCCGGAACUACGGACCCUUUAUUUUCGACUACUGAAGCUACUUGCUUUGCCUGUACACCCACUCUUCGUAUAUGAUGGCCCUGAUAAGCCCCCUUUCAAGCGAGGCAAAGCAGUAUCGCGCAACCACGACAAUUCACCAAUCAUCAGACGUUCGAAGGAUCUUAUCGAGCGAUUUCAAUUUCCAUGGCAUCAAGCACCCGGGGAAGCCGAAGCUGAGUGCGCACGGCUACAGCAGGCUGGCAUCGUCGAUGCAGUCAUAAGCAAUGACGUUGAUACUCUGAUGUUCGGGUCGACAUUCACAAUGAUGAACUUCUCGAAUGAAAGCGGUAGUGGGACAUCCGGUGCGACACACGUCACUUGCUAUCACUUGGGUGAUCAGGGCUAUGUGUCAAAUAUCUCCUUGGACAGGGCGGGGAUGAUUCUCUUUGCUAUGCUAAGUGGAGGAGAUUACCUCCCGUCAGGUGUCGAGAAGUGUGGUCCUGGUAUUGCUGCAGAAAUUGCAAAGGCUAAGUUUGGCGAGGACCUUCUUGGGAUAAUCGUCUCACAUGCGCCGGACCUUGAUUCAAAACUCGGCGAAUGGCGAGAACGACUUCAAUACGAGUUGGAUUCGAAUGAAAGUGGCUAUUUUGUCAACAAACACCCAGCAGUCCGAAUCCCGGAAAACUUUCCUGAUCCAACGAUUCUCAAGUACUAUGCUGAGCCAAAGGUUUCUAACCAUGAUGAAAUGGCUGAUCUGAGGCAUCAGCUGAAAAAUAAAUGGGAUCGCGAAAUCAACCCAUUGGCGAUUAGGAGCUUCGCUGCCGAGUUCUUGGAUUGGAAGUAUCGCUCCGGUGCUCGAAAAGUGAUCAAGAAUCUAGCCGAGCCUUUGGUCUCAUACAGGCUGCGCCGCCAAAGACCAGUAUCGGCUAUUUCAGGUCCCUCGCUUGCACCCGAGUGCGAUACGCCAUGGCUCCAAAAGGUUUACAAAAGCCGUGUUAGCUUCGGUACAGAUGGCAUGACCGAGUUGCAGAUUGAUAUGCUCCCAAUUGAUGUCGUUGGCCUUGACCUCAUGAAGGAAGAACCAAAUCCUCCACAGCCAGCUUCGGAGACAGAGCCUUCCCUGGAAACAGCUCAGUUUGGAGGUGAAGAAGACGAGGCUGAGCUUGCCCCCGAGGAGCCUCAACCCACAACAUCUUCUAAGACUCGAGUGACCAAGCGCUAUGAUGUCUAUGGUAUUCAAAAGAUGUGGGUGUUGGAGUCCGUCGCCAAGCUCGGCCUUCCCGUUGUUGUCAAAAAAUGGGAGGAUGAACAAGCUGAGAAAGCUAAGAAAGCCGCUGCUCCAAAGAAGUCGAGCACCCGACGGACGGGCCCCAAGAAGAAGGCGGUCAUCGACCCGGGAAUGAAGCGUGGUAGCAUAUUGAAAUACGGAACUCUUACGAAGGAAAGAUCCGACCUUAACGCGUCUAGCAAGUCUUACUUGCUGGAAAGUGCGUCUACAAAACAACAGCCGGCCGUGCUUCGGGCUUUGUCGUCAUCUCAGGUUAUAGACCUCGAGGAUGAUUCUUUCACGCUGAAAUGA